CACCCAACAGCUACGACAAAAUUAACGACCUUACCUUCUAUCCAGCUGUGGACGAGCGCACGACAUGAUUUCAUAACCCCGACUUCGAAGCAACCCACCGACUUGCGACACGCGUCAUAGGUCGACGCGCACUGUUUUGAUCCAUCAACGAUGGCGCCUAUCCGAGCAAACCCGCGAUUGCAAGUCGGAUCAGCAUCAUGGAUAUCAGAAGAGCGGUCUUCUGCCUUGCAGAUAGUGGAAUCAGAAGCAGAGGAGUUUACCUUCUCAGCACGAAAUGAGGUGGACUGGCUGAAUGAACAUAUGGCUGAGAUAUUUAGUGAAAAUCAAGUGAACGUGGCAGAAAUAUUCAAGACACCUGGGAAAUUACGAGGGAAGACUCCAAGAACAGCACGGAAGGUCAAUCCAUUGGAAGUACGCGCGCCUCUAUCAGAAGUAUUUUCAGCGACACCGAGAGCUGGACCCAGUCCAUUUCGACAAAACCACUUUGAGAAGCCCACACCAACAUUCCGAGUGGCCGAAGAUGGACCAGGACCAUCAGAACCGGAGCCCGAGCGAACAAAAUUGGAUAUUGAGGAUCCCUUCGCAACGAAACCACCAGUGAACUAUUUAGCGGACUCUGGGUACUUUGGAAGUCAAAGGAAUGACGCGACCCAAGACAGCCGAGAAAUCCAAGUGCCUCAAUCCGAUGCGCUUACAGAUGUCCAUACUUCACCGAAAGCAUCAUCACCCAAGUCUGGUCUAACGGAGCCACCCGUCGUCGAAGAUGCUACAGUUCAAGCCCGCGAUUCAGGUGAGGGACAAACAACAGAGGCCUCAUUUCAAUCCGCGAAAGAAGAGCAAACCAGGAACUUGGCGGAAGAUGUAGCGGUUGUGGAGGAAUCCCCAAAACGAAGUCCAGAGCCGAAGAAAACUACGUCUCCCAUCCCUGAGUCGCCAGUACAAGACCAAACCGAGGAACUUCCAUCUCCUCAGAAACAGUCACCUCACAAGCCCGAAGCAGUAGUCAAAUCUCCAAUCAAGACUGCACAGCCCGAGGAGGUAGCUCCAGUAGCGGAGGACGAGCAUAUAGAUGAUGUUCAGUCUCAAUCUGAUGGUUCAAGUCCAAUUCGGCCUAUCGUUCGGAAGAGUAGCUUAAACUUUGCUUCAUUGCCUGCAAGAGAACCGAUCACUACGAAGAAAAGCAUUGGAAACCGCUUAUCACGCACAGGUCAAUUGGAACAGUCGAGAACUAGCUAUUACGGGAGGGCUACCGGUGGGAAGAGCCUUGGAAGUGUGAGACAAGAGAAUCAACGCGACCUGGAUCAUGAUGAGAUGGACAUCGAGGAGCCUGGCCAGGAGGAUACAGAUGGCGAAUCUAAAAUGUCGCGUCUUCAUAAUAAGACGUCUACCCAACGACUGCAAGACCAAAUCAGCAUGCUUGGAAAAUCCCAGCCGAACGCUCGACCGGCUUCUAAGUCAAUCGCGAACAGUGGGGCGGUUCCUUUGCAGGCAACUCAAGUGAACCACGCUUCAACUGUCCAAGAGGCUCCUCAACACAGGUCUCCCCAACACAAAUCUCCAUUCAUCGCCCCUGGAGCCUUUCCGGACGACGAAGAGGAUAGUUGGAUUGGUCCUCCUACAGCUGCACCAGCCGAACAUUCAACUUUCAGUCCGCGAUUACAGAUAUCGAAAAGUCACUCUACCGAUGUGAUGGAAGGUAUUCAUGGGACAGGGAGCAUUGGAGACCCACAAUUCAGUGUCCCCAAAAGAGAUGACGACAGACAGAGAUCUCCUCUUCGCGAGGUGGCUGUUCCCGAGAGAACGAGUCCCCUGGGUCACAUGAAGUCGGCGUCGACAUCGGUGCUCCGCUCUCCCCCCAAAGAAGUAGAAUCGUCAGAAAAUCAGAAAUCGAUUUCUGUGUCUAACCCAAAUCCUUCGACCGGAUCGGCUGAUGCAACAACACCUCCAAAAUCCCCGUCAAGAAUUCCCCGAGGCAGUCCAUUGAAGGCUGCAAAGGAUAAAUUCUCAUCAAUUCUCAAGACGUCAAGGGGGUUAUUUGCCAGUAGUGCGGUCGUCAGUGCAGAGGCUAAAACAGCAACUAUGUCACCGGCUACAAGUCAGAUCGGCAUGAGUUCACAGCCAUCUUUCGAGGAAGUGCUUCGGAAUACGCAAGCCUAUCAGAUGCAGAAUAGCCCUAAUAAGAGUCAAGAUUCUCAACCCGUACCAAAUAGUCCUGGAAAGCCUAGUACACGAAGGACUCGGGCCUCAACAGAGCGAGAGGAACGACGAAAAGAAGAGGAGGCAAUAGAAGCCCGGGAGGCUAAGGAAGCGAAGGAGGCGCAGAAAAUGGCAGAUCAGUUAGAGAAAGCUCGCCAGAAGGUGCAAGAGGAGGCAAGAGUGUAUCAUCUUGAGCAGGAAAGGGUUGCAGUCAUGCAUAAAGAGGUUAUUGCUCGCAAGGAGCAAGAAAAGAUUGCCAAAGCAAGCGAGGUGAAUGUGCCCAAGGCGGCACGGGGCAGCCCCCGCAAGACGAAAGCUCAGUUGGAGGCAGAAGGAAUUGCUGCCGCUGCUGCUAGUACAGACGAGCUGUCAAAUAAAGACAUUGAGAUGCCGGAGGUCGCCGCCAUACCUCCGCCUGCUCCUAAAGCGAGAUCCCAAAUUGGAAGACCUCCUGCAAAACGUCCCCUGAGACCAGCAAAGGAGCCACUCACGAAAGCGAAACCUCCAACGGUCAUUCGAGUCGAUACUGGGUCCCAACGUGGUCAUCAAUAUCAUCCAUCCAACUCCACUCUUGCUGCUACUCUUCAGGAAUCGCUUGGUGCUCCUACAGCGGGGUCUACCCAAGGUUUGAGAAGCAAAGUCAGCACCAGUUCAGUGCAGAGUAAGGCUUCAAAUAGCAGCUUCAGAUCUGCAGCAACGAAGGCAUUAGAGGCUGCGGCGAGAAAGAAGGAGCAGGAUGAACUUGCCGCUCAGCGAAAACGAGAGGCUAAGCAAGAAGUUGAGCGACAACGGGCUGCUAAUAAGGAGGAAGAACGACGCAAAGAAGAGCAGGCACGCCGUCAAGAAGCAGAACGUCAGCGCGCAGUGCAACGGGAGAGAGAACACGCUGUUAGUUUGGCUGAUGCAAAGAAGAGUGCGUCCCGGCAAGCUAUGGAAAAGAGGAAAUUGGAGAUGGAGAAGGCGAAACAGACGGGGGCCCCGCCUCCUGCUAUACGCCCGCAACCUAAUGGCGACCUUACUCUCUCCAUGCUUCAAGAUAAGUCAUUACCUCAUGCUCCGCAGCAGCGCAACGACAUGAGCCACGCAAGGCUACCUCGUACAAAUUCCACUGUUCAUCGACCACAAGAUGAUCCUAACAGGCCUGUCAACUCGGUCCUGCACAAUACCGCGAAAGUUCCCCCGAAACGGCCUUUACCGCAAGACGCUGGAGAUGAGCACCAUUCUCGUCCCACGACUCAGCGUAACCCGCCAUCCUAUCACAACGAUAGCCACCACUCUAAGCGCCGUAAGACCAGUGAGGAUUUCGAGGGUGACGACGAUACGACUGAGCCCCAGCCGAAGAUGAAGGCACCUCCUAUUCGUCAAUCUAGCAGUCGUCAAAAGGAUGUGCCAACCAAGUCAAUCUUUUCUAGCGGGUACGCCAAUGCGCCGCCCCCCGCCAACCUUCAAAGAAGCACUCUCAUAGCCCAGCACAACCAAUCAAAGCCGGCCCAUCCAAUGGAUAUGGCUCAAAUAUCGAAGGCGCCCAUCCCAUUUGCUACGAGCUCAAACCAGGGCAACACUCAACAUAAGACCCCAGCGCGACCCGGUCAACCUCCCCAUGGAGGAAAAUCAACCGCAAAAUCGGCUGCCAAAUCCUCCCCACGAUACCAGAAUGGGGAGAAUAUCGAGCUUCCGGAAAUCAAUACCGACUCGGAAGAUGAAGACUCUGAUGCUGCAGAUGAGUUUGUUGCUAUGGGUUGGACCAACUCUCCAGAUCUGCGGAAGCAACUCGCUAAGCAAGAGACCAUUGAUCCAACUGAGAUCUUUGGGCGGCCCGGGCCGUUGAAUAUGGAAGAAGUCUUUAGCAAGAGCAAGGAUAGAUGGCACAAGUUCCGGGCACGGACAUCAAGUGCCAAUUGGAGUGGACAGGACCGUCUCACUGAAGACGAGAUCCGAAAGGAUCUGGAAGCAAGAGAGCGUGUGCGGAGGCAAGGCGGGUGGACAUAUGACUCUAUGGUUUAAUCACUGUUAUAAAUUGUCUGGUGUUGUAUAGGCAGGGUCCGGAUGGUCUUGUAGGUAGACUGACGAUGGCCGUUUGUUAUUACUGGUGUUUGGUGGCGUCUUCAUGGGGCGAGCAUAGAGAGAAGAAAAAGGACU